AUGCUUAAUAUAUUAAUAGCGAGUAUUACGAGGAUCAGCUUUAGCCUAAAUAAAGAAAUCGUUGCCCUAAGUAUAAUAAAAGUAGAGACGUACUUUAGAACGAUAACCUUUUAUAUCCUACCUAUUAAUACCCUAUUUCUCUUAUAUCUAAAAAAUAUAGAUUAA